CAUCUCUCCACAAAUAAAACCCACAGACGGCCCUCUAACGGGACUGUGCCUCGGACAACAAAAAAAAACAGACUUAAAGCAGUAUUUUUCCCUCUGGAGAGUGAAGGCGUCCGCGGGCCGCCGCUGUUUUACGGUUUCCAAUGUCUCAGCACAAAACCAGAGGGAAAAUAGAGAAUGAGGGAGGUAGCUCCGUUCACUUCCGGUCUUCUUCUGUGAAAAGAAGAGAAAAGGAAGCCGCAAGCCACAUAUCAUCCUCAAGUCUAAAAAGAAAUGAAAAAAAGUCAACUCCUCCCACAUCACGCAAUUCCCCGCCCACUUCCAAAAGAGCUCCUCCCACAGAGCAGCUCUCUGAGCCGGAGCCCCGCCCCUUCGUGUUUCCCGCACACUGUGACGCUCUCUUCUCCUCACUGCGAGGACUCAAGGAGGAGGGACUCCUGCUGGACUGCGCUUUAAAACUCCUGGGAAAGUCCCACACGGCUCACCGACUGGUGCUCGCUGCUGUCAGUCACGCGGCGGAGGCGUGGCUGGUAUCCGGGGAGGCGGGGCUUAAGCAAGUGGAGCUGGACGGAGGACGGGUGACCCCUGCAGGACUGAAGGCUGUACUGGACUUCGGCUACAGCGGAGAAGUGACCGGAGGAGAAGGGACGAACGAGAUACUGGGGGCCUGCGGGUGUUUAGAGGCGGAAAGACUCGAGAGACUGUGCGUGGAAGGCGCUGCGGUCAGCGGGAGCGAAGAGAGGGAGAGAAGCCUGAGGCACAUCCGGACUCUGUGGGAGAGGAACGCCGGCUGUGACGUCAUCCUGCAGACAGACGCGGGAGACCGUUUCCCGGCCCAUCGCGUCAUAUUAGCAGCAGGCGCGGACUACUUUCGCGCCAUGCUCUGCGGAGGGUUACGGGAGUCCCGCGAGGGCGUGGUGCGGCUGCGCGGCGUGACGUCACGGGCGCUGCGCGAGCUGCUGGGCUUCGUUUACUCCGGGCGUCUGCAGCUGAGCCGCGGGUCCGUGUGGGAGCUGACGGAAGCCGCUUCGCUCUUCCAGCUGCAGGGGGCGCUGGCGCUGUGCUUAAACUUUCUGCAGGACACCAUGGAUGAAACCUCUUGCCUGGAUGUUCUGGCCUUGGCUGAAGCUUACUGCCUGGAGGAUCUGGGCGGGCGGGCCGAGGAGUAUUUUUUAGCCCACUUUCAGAGGGUCGCCGACGGGGAGAAGUUCAAGGAUCUGCCCUGCGUCCAGCUGCAGCGUCUGCUGGAGAGAGAUGCGCUCAACGCAGACAGUGAGCUGGCCGUGUUCAGAGCUGUGGUGAACUGGGUGGAGGAUGAUGAAGAGCGGAGACUGUCUCAUCUCUCAGGACUGAUGCAGAGCGUUCGGUUCUCUCUCAUGAGACCGGAGGAGCUGCAGGAGGUGCAGGACUGUAAGCUGCUGCUCAAGAGUUCAGCGCUGGAAACUCUAAACAAUCUCCUGCAUGAUGAUCUGAGAACAACAGACUGUAAGCCUCGAACACCGAACCAGGUUUUGGUGCUUGUUGGAGGAGAUUGUGUGAAUGAGGAUUUUGAGCGUCGAGAGCCCAACCUGUGCCUGUGGUUUGCCCGGCGCUUCGUUCGCGGAGAGGGACUCAUCCGAAAAAUUGAGUGGAGCCCUUUAGCGCAGCUCCCUGAGCCGCCGCGCUUCCGCCACUGUGUGUGUGUCCUCAACAACACACUCUACAUCCUCGGGGGCAGGAAAUACUACGGUGCCCUGGACAUCCUGAAGAGUGCGCUAAAAUUCGAUCCAGCUCAGGGCAGAUGGGAACGUCUUCCUGACAUGUCCAGACCCAGGGAUUACUUCGCGUGUGUGUGUCACAGAGGGCAGGUGUUUGUUUUGGGCGGGAACUGUGAUGACGUGAACUAUCUGGACUCAGUGGAGUGUUACGCACCCGAGGACAACACCUGGAGGUCGUGUCAUCCUCUGGACGCUGCUGUCUGUGGUCACGCCGCGGCGGUGUUGAACGGAGAGAUGUUUGUGUCUGGAGGCUGUGACUCCGGCCUGCGCUGCUCUCCGUGUCUGUGGAUCUACGACCCGGCGCGCGGCUGCUCGAACCGAUCUCCCAUGACAGCGGGGGCGGGACGGGCGGGGCACGUGAUGCUGGUUUCAGGACAGCGAUUGGUCGUGGCUGGGGGGUUACAGCCAGCGUCGGGGUUUGGAGACCAGCUGCAGUGUGAGUGGUAUGAUCCCGUUCGUGACUCCUGGUCGUCUUUCCCCGGUCUGCCCCGAGCUCACCUCUCACCGGGGGCGGCCGCUCUCGACGGACAGCUGUAUGUUUUGGGAGGGUCUUCGGCUGAUUCGGCUCGUGAUACACCGUGGGUGCACCGUUACGAUCCACAGGGAAAGUGCUGGGAGAAACUGGGAGCAAUGCCACGACCUUACGCUGAUCUCGCCGCAUGCGCUUUACAGCUCUGUCUGAAGAGCUGAGAGGGAGGAUGAAGUGUCAUUUUUAAGAACAUUUUGUAGUUUAUUUUAAGAUUACUAUGACUUUCUGGAACUGUUAUGUCACUUACACACAAAUUUAUUGUGCACUAAACAAUAAAGGACAGUUGAUUGGUGCAAACUUUUAAAUCAACCUCAUAUAACAAUGAAUGAGACAUGUAGAGCUGGACGAAAAUAAAAUGUGAGAGAGAAUUAAAGUAUUAAA